AUGGAUAACUGCUAUUAAGAGGAUUUAAAAAAAUAUCAAAAUAAUUAAAACAUCAUUGAUGAGUUUGUGCUUCACGAUGAAAAAUAUUUUGGUUAAUACAUACAAUAUGUUGAAGAUUUGCAAUCAUUGGUUUCAUCUUUUAGGCCAGAUAUGAAAGAAAAUCGUAUAUUUAUAACAGGGUUUCCUUUUGAUGAAGGUACAUAUAGAAAUGGAGGAAGAAUUGGGGCAGAAUAAGCACCUAAAUCAUUUAGAGAUUUGCUACAAAAAGAAAAAAUAUACACAGAUGUUCUUUUUGAAUAGCGCUUAAAAAUUUAUGAUUUGGGCGAUAUUCCUAAAUAAAAGUAUCCUGACGAAGAUGAUGAAGAGCAUGAACAUAUUAGGGCUAGAUAACUAACUUUAGAAGAAGCCCAUUUAAGUUAGCGCUAAAAACUAGGAUAGAUUCUAGAUUAUAAUUUAUAAUUUGAAAAUAGAGUUGUUAUUUUUGCAAUAGGGGGUUCUAAUGACUAAAGUUAUUGCAAUGUUUAAAGUAUUUUUGACUGCUUUCCAGAUAAAAAAAUAGGUGUGAUAAACAUUGAUUCUUAAUUUGGUGUUAGCUAAUUGAAAGGAAAUGUAGUCCACAAUGGUAGCCCAUUCAGACUCAUGCUAGAAAAUCCUGUCUUUAAAAAAAAUGAAUCAAAAUUCAUUCAAUUUGGUGCAAAAGGAUCUAAUUGUUGUUAAGAAGAUUAUGAGUACUUGAAGUAAAAAGGAGCUUAAAUAUAUUGGUUAGAAAAAGAUAUAAGGAGAUAUUUAUUAAAUAAAAAUAAAAAUUAAGAAGAUUCUCUAACCACCUAAGCUGGUCAAUUAUUUGAAGAUAUAUUAAAUAAAUUACAACAAGAAUGUGAUAAAAUAUUUAUUUCGUUAGAUGUUGAAUCAAUAAAUGCCAAAUUUUGUCCAGGCGUUUCAAGUCCAUCUGUAACAGGUGGUUUGUCUGAUUUAGAGGUUGUUGAAAUAGUUUAAGUGGCAGCAAAGUGUAAAAAAUUAAUUAUGAUGGACUUAUCAGAAUAUAACCCUGCAGUUGAAUCUUAAAGAACAGGAAGAUUUAUUGUUAAUCUAUUUUAUCAAUUUUCUUACUUUUUUUCACAACAAAGGUGA